UUCGACAACUAGAACCUUUCUGUUGCAAUGGCCAGGCUACCCAUAAUAAUCAACAAUGGCAGUCGUCUCCUUCUCAGAUCAUACUGCGCAACAGCAUCCUCCGAGAAGGAGCUGGUGAAAAUGCAUUUGACCGCGGUUUCAUCUUCAGCCACUAAGAAGGUGAACACGGAGAAGAUGAAGGACUGUAAGAAUGUCUUCUGGAUGAGAGAUCCAAAGUCUGGCUUUUGGAUUCCAGAGACACACUUUGAAGAAGUUAAUGUUGUUGAUCUCAGAAACCAACUUCUUCCUUAAACUUUCAUUUAAAAGUGUUUUUUGAUUUGUUUGGUCUAUACCCAUAUAAAAGACUAAACAUCUAUCAAAUCAAAUCGACUUUCUUUUUCUUUUGU